AAGCAGACGCCAGCGAAGACUCUCCCGGCCAGAUCCCUGGGAUGCGCCAGCCAGAGGCCAUGCUGCUGCUGCUCACCCUGGCCCUCCUGGGGGGCCCCACCUGGGCAGGGAAGAUGUAUGGUCCUGGAGGAGGGAAGUAUUUCAGCACCACGGAAGACUACGACCACGACAUCACAGGGCUGCGGGUGUCUUCGGCUCUUAUGGUGAAAAGUGUCCAGGUGAGACUUGGCGACUCCUGGGAUGUUAAACAGGGCGCCUCAGGUGGGCAGACCCAGGAAGUCAUCCUGGAGCAAGGCGAAUACAUCAUAAAAGUCGUUGGCGCCUUCAAAGUUUUCCUGCAGGGUAUGGCCCUGUGCACCAACAAAGGCCGCUGUUUCUAUUUUGGGAAGCUUGAGGGGAAUUUCUUCUCUGCCUCCCCCAGCCAAGAGGGGCAGGGGCUGGUGGGCAUCUAUGGCGAGUAUGGACUCCUCGGCAUCAAGAGCAUUGGGUUUGAAUGGAACUAUCCAGUAGAGCAGCAGACUGCUGACUGA